UGGCCUGCAGGUGGCAGCACCGCGCUAUGGCGCUUUGCGGACAGCGACGCUCACAGUGACGCAGAAAUCCACAGUAAACACAGAAAGCAGACUGUCGCUUGGAAAGCACGUUUGCUAACAAAAACCUGGAGUCAGAGUGAUGUGUUUGUCCCAGCUGCUGUAGUGGAAGAGUCUAGCUGAACACCCCCCUCCCUACCCUUGAAGACCUCCACCAACAAAACCUCCUUCCUCCACCUCCUCCUCCUCCACCCCCCUCCGGCCGCCCCUGUGAUGCCUCCCUCGUGCUGUGGCUGUCUGUCACAGUACACCCACCACCACCUGGUCGCCUUCCUCCUCACCUUCUUUAGCUAUGUGUUGCUACACGCAUCCAGGAAGACAUUCAGCAACGUGAAAGUGAGCAUCUCAGCCCAGUGGACGCCGUUCAUCCAGAAUGACAGCGCUCCGGCGUUUUCCCCCAGCGAGACAUGGGAGGACAAUCAUCUGUUUGCAGAUGGAAAGCAGGCCACCCUGUUUCUCGGGGCUCUGGACUCCAUCUUCCUCUUCUCAUACGCUGUGGGUCUGUACUUGAGCGGUAUGAUUGGAGACAGGGUGAACCUGCGAUACGUCCUCUGUGUCGGUCUGUGUGGUUCUGCUGCAGUGGAGUUUGUGUUCGGCACUCUGACUGAAUGGCUCCACAUCUACAACAUCUAUCUGUACUGCUUCCUCUGGAUCCUGAACGGGCUGCUGCAGUCGGCCGUCUGGCCCAGCGUGGUGGCCGUCAUGGGCAACUGGUUCGGCAAGUCGGGGCGUGGUUUUGUGUUCGGCCUGUGGAGCGCUUGUGCAUCUGUGGGAAACAUCCUGGGAGCCUUCCUGGCUUCUAGCGUGCUCAAGUAUGGAUAUGAGUAUGCGUUCCUGGUGACGUCUGUGGUGCAGUUUGCAGGAGGGAUCGUCGUGUUCUUCGGCCUGCUCACCUCCCCAAAAGAAGUCGGUUUGAGCUUGGAGUCGGAAACCGGUCUGGGCCCGGUGGAGACUGAUACUGACAGCCACAAGCCUCUGAUGAGCGACGAGGAGAACGAGGUGGAGGUGGAGGUUUACGCCAGGCGAUACGAGGCGGCGGCUGAGCAGCUGGACGAACCUCUAACCGAACCUCCGCAAGCCAUCAGCUUCCUGCAGGCUUUCUUUCUGCCCGGAGUGCUGCCUUAUUCUCUGGCUUACGCAUGUCUGAAGCUGGUCAACUACUCCUUCUUCUUCUGGCUUCCCUUCUACCUGAAUAACAACUACAAAUGGAAGGAGGCUGAGGCCGACCGCCUGUCUGUGUGGUACGAUGUCGGAGGGAUCAUCGGAGGAACUGUUCAGGGUCUGAUCUCUGAUUUUAUGGGGAAGAGAGCUCCAGUGUUGGCACUCAGUCUGGCGCUGGCAAUGGGAGCCCUGGUGGGGUACAGCAGAUCUCCUAAUGACCAGGUGAUCAACGCGGUGCUCUUGGCCACCACCGGCUUCUUCAUCGGCGGUCCAUCCAACAUCAUCAGCUCGGCCAUAUCCGCUGAUCUGGGCAGACAGGAGGCUCUGAGGGGCAGUAAGGAGGCUCUGGCUACUGUCACUGGUAUAGUGGAUGGAACUGGAAGUAUAGGAGCUGCUGCAGGACAGUAUCUGGUGUCUUUGAUUGAGAGCAAGCUGGGCUGGACGAGCGUCUUCUACUUCUUCGUUGUCAUGACUGGUGGCACCAUUGUGUUCAUCACUCCGCUGCUUUUCAAAGAGCUGCGAGCCAUGUGGAGAGACAGACGAGCUCGGCGACGCCAGCUGUGAAAACCUCUGCAUCUGCCAGCUGUAGUGUUUCUCCUCUUAUCGGCGGCACAGCAGGUCAGAGUCAGCCCCUCUGGUGAGUUUCAGGAUGUAGAAAACGAAUCCUAAAGCGCACAAGUACACUUCUUUCAGUGUAAAUACGAAGAUUUGGAGGUUGAGCUGAAGUGCCUGACUGGAAAAAAGAGUUUUAAAAGGGACCUGACUGUCACGCAGAAUGUACUUGUGUAAAUAUUUCAGCUUUUAAACGGGUGUAAAUCGUUCACUUUUUAAAUGUUGAGUCAAUAUGGCUGAAUUUGAUUUUUAAUCCGCGAGUUCUUAACUUAAGCAUCAGACCCUUGUGGAUGUUUAAAGGGUCAGAAUUACCUAAAGAAUGUGAAAUGUGAUUGUAAUGUAAAAAAAAAAAAGCUAUUGUCAGGUGUUGUAGAUAUGUAAAAUAUUUCUAUCAGGUUCGGUUGAGGGUAUUAGUUUUGCACUCCAGAGGUAAUGAGGCAGUCGUGAACCACUUUGAUCUUAGGAUUUUGAGAAACUUUCACCUCACAGCCACUUUAUCUGUUGUCUGUACAGUUUUUUUUAUAAUCCGGGUCAGAAACUUUUCUGUAACAGAGACUGGUUCUCUGGAUUAUUCCCUUUUCACCUCCUUUUUGCUUGAAUUUUUACAGUUUAAAUUUUUAGUGUCUUAAAUCACAGUUCAUUCACACCGGGUUGGAAUCUGCUGUUGUGUUCUCAUAUUUUUACUUUACAAUUUAGCUAAAAACUAAACUGACAUCACUGAAGAAUUUGCAGAAAAAUAUUAGUUUUGUUUGUUUAAGGAAUGCAACUGUUGAUCUAUGUGUCACUUACUGAGUUUUAAUUGCCAAUGAAGGUAUAAUAUUAUUGCAAGGUUUUAAAGCACGGUGGUGGCAUUAUCAUACAAUUUCACCUGUUUGCUAAUUAUUGUUGGGACAGUUUGCCACCCAUUUGGAGGAAACUAAUUUUGGUUAAAAGAUUACGCACAUUUCCAUGUGUUUUCAACAUGUUUUAACAUGUUUCAAUAAUGACAUGAGGCCAUGAUUUUUUACCAUCAUUAUGAGGUAGGUUUCUCUUCUUAAAGGCUUUCAUUGCUUUUGUCUCCCAAUGAGCCAAUCAAGUGUAAUAGAAUGUCAAUAGAAGUAGAUGUGGAAUGUGUAACACUAUCUGUGGUGCAUUUUUAAACUUGUUUUUAUUUUUAUUUAUGUGAACUUUUCGAUUUUGAAUCGAUGUAAAUGUGUUUUUUUUCCUUUCUGAAAUAAAUGCAACAUAUGUUUUGCA